CAGUGGGUGGAGCUUCAUUCAAAGUGUCGUAUUCAGCUAUUCAGGAAGGCGCUGCAGCAAUUGCUUCAGAUCGAUUUUUAACUUGCGUUUAGUUUUUAGGCAACGCAUUUACGCAGGCCGGAGUAACAAUGUCUGACGAAGUUAUUAAAAACGCUGAACAACUUUCAGUCGGGGAGCUGUAUGUCUCUGAUAAGGUGGGAAGUGACCAGGAUGGCAAUGGGACUGAAGAAAAGCCUUUUAAAACGGCACUGAAGGCAUUGAUUUCUGUAGGGAAGGAGCCAUUUCCAGUCAUUUAUGUUGAUGCGCAAAAGGAAGGCGAGCGCUGGGAAGUGAUUUCCAAAACACAGAUGAAGAAUGUGAAGAAACUGUGGCAGAGGGAGCAGAUGAAAAGUGGGGCUAAAGAAAAGAAGGAGGCAGAAGAUGCUGAGAGAAGAGAAAAGAACCUGGAGGAAGCAAAGAAGAUAAUCAUAGAAAAUGAUCCCCACCUUCCAAAACCCCAAACAGUUAAAAUACACAGGUUGGAAAAAUACCGGGAGCAACGAGUCAAGGUGUUUGGAUGGGUCCACAGGUUGCGUAGACAAGGGAAAAACCUGCUGUUCAUUGUGCUUAGAGAUGGAACUGGAUUCCUUCAGUGUGUUCUCACAGAUAAACUGUGUCAGUGCUACAAUGGACUGGUGCUCUCCACGGAAAGUACAGUUGCUCUGUAUGGAACUGUGAAACCAGUGCCCGAAGGAAAACAGGCCCCAGGAGGCCAUGAGUUGCAGUGUGACUUCUGGGAGCUUGUGGGCCUGGCUCCGGCUGGAGGAGCUGACAACCUGCUGAAUGAGGAGUCGGAGGUCGACGUGCAGCUCAACAACCGACACAUGAUGAUCCGUGGGGAGAACGUGUCCAAGAUUCUGAGAGUGCGCUCCGCUGUCACCCAGUGCUUCAGGGACCAUUUUUUCUCCCGUGGCUACUGCGAGAUUACGCCACCCACCCUUGUGCAGACUCAGGUUGAAGGGGGAUCCACACUAUUUAGCCUGAACUACUUUGGUGAGCAGGCAUAUCUGACCCAGUCCUCCCAGCUUUACCUGGAGACUUGUAUUCCCGCACUUGGUGACACGUUCUGCAUUGCCCAGUCAUACCGUGCUGAGCAGUCUCGCACCCGCAGACACCUUGCAGAGUACACUCACAUUGAGGCUGAGUGCCCCUUCAUGACUUUUGAGGACCUACUAAACCGCCUAGAGGACUUGAUUUGUGAUGUUGUGGAGCGAGUCCUAAAGUCUCCAGUUGCCCCCUUGCUCCAUGACAUCAACCCUAGCUUUAAACCUCCCAAGAGACCUUUCAAGAGGAUGAACUAUAGUGAAGCCAUUGAAUGGCUGAAGGCACAUGAUAUCAAGAAGGACGAUGGUACCUACUAUGAAUUUGGGGAAGACAUUCCCGAGGCCCCUGAGAGACUGAUGACUGACAGCAUUAAUGAAACAAUCCUACUAUGUCGCUUCCCUGCCAACAUCAAGUCUUUCUACAUGCAGCGUUGCCCUGAGGAUCGCAGACUCACUGAGUCGGUGGAUGUUCUGAUGCCCAGUGUUGGAGAGAUUGUUGGAGGAUCAAUGCGUAUCUGGGAUUCUAAGGAGUUAUUAGAAGGAUACCAGAGAGAGGGAAUUGACCCAACUCCUUACUACUGGUACACUGAUCAGAGAAUAUAUGGGACAUGUCCACAUGGAGGAUAUGGCCUGGGUCUUGAAAGGUUUCUGACCUGGCUCCUGAACAGGCAUCAUAUCCGUGAUGUAUGUCUCUACCCCCGCUUCAUCCAGCGAUGCCGACCUUGAGCUCUUUUAUUCAAUGUUGUGUUUUUUUGUGUGUGUAUGUAUGUGCAGAUUCAGGAAAAUGUGGCUUUAUGCACCACCUAUAAAACCAAUCAUUAGGGAAAUAUUUUUCUAAAAAAAAAUCUUUACUGCAUUCAUGAGUAAAUAAUUUCCCUGUUACAUUUUCCUAUAUAUAGAGUGCUGUCUUCAGUGCUAAUAAAAUAAUGAAAUUUUGAAUCCUUGUAGUACAUGAAUUCAUUAAACACCAAUUCAUACUGA